GAGUUCCGUCCGUGCAGGGAGACAGUUCCUCUGGCCUGGACGCCUCACGGGGUUCACCCGUUCCUUUCCUACCCGGCGACACGGACUCUCGUCUCCACGGGUACAGCAUGGUAGCAGAGGAGACCCCUACAGCAGUAACCGCGAGGACUAAUGGGGCUUGUACUACUCAGUCUAAUUCUUCAGUAUUGGAUCAACAACGUGGAGGGAGCAUGUUCCUUGGGCAGCGCGGCGACCUGUGACGCCUGCCUCCAGCAGGGGCCCCUCUGUGCUUGGUGUUCCCAGGAGAAUUUCACAGAGUCGUACCUGGUCAGCGAGCGCUGCGACACGCUGGACGUCCUACUUCAUAGGGGGUGCACGCCGCAACAGCUCGAGUUUCCGCUCACCCGCGCCGAGGUUCUCAAAGAGAUCCCGCUGGGAAGAUCUGAGGAGAACCGCAACCACACCCACAUCUCCCCUCAGAAGAUGGCCCUCAAACUCAGACCUGGCAGUGAGCUGACUUUCCAGGUGCAGGUGCGUCAGACAGAGGAUUAUCCUGUGGAUAUCUACUACCUGAUGGAUCUCUCCGCCUCCAUGAUCGACGACCUGGAGACGAUCAAGGACCUGGGCUCCUCGCUGUCCCGAGAGAUGACCAAGCUCACCAGCAGGUUCCGCCUGGGCUUUGGCUCCUUUGUGGAGAAACCUGUCCUGCCGUUCAUCAAGAUCACCCCUGAGGAGCUUGCCAACCCGUGCUGGAGCGUGGAAGAGAGCUGCUUGCCAACGUUUGGCUACAAGCACGUGUUGCCUCUGACCAGCAGCACGGAGAAGUUCAACCAGAUCAUCACCAAGCAGCGCGUGUCCGCCAACAUCGAUGUGCCCGAGUGUGGCUUCGACGCCAUCAUGCAGGCGGCUGUGUGUGGGGAUAAGAUCGGCUGGAGGAACGACUCCAUGCGUCUGUUGGUGUUUGCCAGCGACGCAGACUCUCACAUUGGCAUGGACAGCAGGAUGGCGGGCAUCGUCAUCCCCAACGACGGCGCGUGCCACCUGGACAGCAACAACGAGUAUUCCAUGUCCGACUCUCAGGAAUACCCAACCCUCGGCCAGUUGAUUGACAAGCUGGUGGAGAACAACAUCCUUCUCAUCUUUGCCGUGACGGAGAAGCAGAAACACAACUACGAGAACUAUGCAAACCUCAUACCUGGCGCCACGGUCGGAAUACUGGAAUCUGAUUCAGGGAACAUUCUGGAACUUAUUGUGACAGCAUAUAAAGAGCUUCGCUCGGAGAUCGAGCUGGAGCUGCUUGGCGACACGGAGGAUCUUCAGAUCAGCUUCUCCUCCUCCUGCCCCGACGGACACGCCCAGCCCGGCCUCAAACGCUGCUCCAACGUCAAGGCCGGAGCCACGGUGUCCUUCAACGUGACCGUGGAGCUGCCAGCCUGCCUGUCUGGGCCGCGGCGCUUCUCCCUGAAGCCUGUGGGCGUGCAGGACUCCCUGGAGGUCACCCUGGAGGCCCUGUGCUCCUGCCCCUGCCAGGACACCUCGGCCCCCAACAGCAGCUUCUGCUCCGAGGGCCAGGGGGCGCUGGAGUGCGGGGUGUGUGUGUGUCGUCCAGGCUACGUGGGCUCCAGGUGUGAGUGCGAGGAGAGGGGCGCCCACAGCAGUGACUGCUGGGCGGAGGGGCAGGCGGAGGCAUGCGGAGGACAGGGGGAGUGUUCCUGCGGGAGGUGUGUGUGCGAGCCCUCCAGCUUUGGGCGUGUGUACGGCCCGUACUGCCAGUGUGAUGACUUCUCCUGCGUGCGCUUCCGUGGGGAGCUCUGUGGAGGCCAUGGGGCCUGUGACUGUGGAGAGUGCGUGUGUCAGAGCGGAUGGACAGGGGAGUACUGUAACUGCAGCACCAGCACGGAGAGGUGUGUGUCGGAGGACGGAGCGCUGUGCAGUGGCAGGGGGAGGUGUGUGUGCGGCAGGUGUGUGUGUGCCAUACCUGGAGCCUCCGGGGACACCUGUGAGAAGUGCCCCACCUGCGGAGACAGCUGCAGCUCAGCCAGGGUCUGUGUGGAGUGCCACAUCCAGGCAGAGAAAGCCCCAGCGGAUUGUUUCCACAAGUGCAGUGGUUCUAACGUCUUUGUCAACGAGACCACAGGGUAUGAUGGGAGUCAGGCCAUGCUGUGUACCCUGCAGAGCGACAACGAGUGUCGGGUCUCCUUCAGUGUGGAGGUCGGAGACUCUGGUACGACCGUCUACAACCUGCUGCUUCACGACUGCCCACAGCCCCCCAACAUAGCCAUGAUAGUGCUGGGGGUGUCUCUGUCCAUCCUCACCAUCGGCCUGAUCCUUCUGGGUGUGUGGAAGAUUCUGGUCUCAGUUCACGACCGGAAGGAGGUCGCCAAGUUCGAGGCAGAGAGGGCCAAGGCAAAAUGGCAGUCGGGAACAAACCCUCUGUUUCGAAGCUCCACAUCAACGUUUAAAAACGUCACCUAUAAGAACACUGGAAUAGAAAAAUGUAUUUCAAUGGAUCGCUACUGAUGACUUCAGAGCAGAGAGGUUAACCGACAAAGUGCACUGAUGUCUGUGCCAAGCAAGACAGUUGACAGCCAACAAUAAUUUUGUACGUAAGAUGUGCGUGUGUGUGUUUGUGUGUGCUUGAAAGAGAGAGAGAUAGAGUGAGAAAGUGAGUGAGUGAGUGAGUGAGUAAGAGUAUAUUCAUAGGAAUGUGGACAGUAACCAAAAUAUAUUUAUAAUUUUGGAGAUACUAAAUGUCUACAGUAGCAUUUAGCAUCCAUCUUGAUGACUUUGCUGCUUAACGGGGUUUGUCUGGAUGAUGGUCUUACACUGGACUUUUCUUUUCUCUCGUUUAGAACACUGUUGGGAUUUGGGAAUAGGCUAGGCGCAGCUAGCAGGGGAAACCACUGCAAUAAUAUGUAUUUUGUGUGUAAUGUUUUGUCUUGGAUUUAAAUCGAGGCUGUGCCUUGAGUGACGAUGUUGUAUUUUGUUUUUUUGAGAGAAAUGAAGUGAACGUGUUUUUUCAUGUUGUGUGACGCAGUAAUAAAGUUGAACUUUGAGUCAA